AUGUUAGUGCAGGCAAUAUUAUGGGGUAGUCUGAAGAAUUUGUGCUGCCACGACAAUGACCUUUACAGCACCGCUGCUUUCAACACAGUAGCCAAUGUGGAGCUUAAGUGCACCUCCCUUCCUCCACUUGUGGACUCUCCUGACAUCGAUCCGUACACUCAGAAGCCGCGCACCUACAAGGGUCUCAGAGACGGCACCCCCAUCAUUCCUCGCGACCGAUACCGCAAUGACCCAAGGUCGUUCUUCAAUGAGGUGAAGCCAUUGAAGGAUUUAGAAAAAUUUCACCGUGUUUCGUACACCUACAAGGUGCCACGCAGCGUCCUCUACCACACCAACGGUCCCGACCUCAUGUGCGUGGGACCGCGCUUUAGCCGACGCUCCGAGGCGCAGCACGAUGGUGCGCCCUGCGGUGCCGCUGUCCAGUGGCCACCCUAUUGCGCAGGGACCAGAAUUUCAAGAUGUUUACAAAGCUGUUGCGAUUCGCAUCUCUGCGGAGGCUACCCGUGUUGGCCACUCGUUAGACCUUGCGCGGCUAUGCUAGAUGAACCGAAACUCUGCACCACGUCCAGCAAAUUCGUUUGUCCCGAAUACUGGGAGUCCUCGAUGUUGCCAAUCAACCACCAUGGACUCCUCGUCUUCCCGUCUCCUUCGAAGACGUUUCGCGAGUAUCAGGAGGAGGACGCGAGAACCGUUGCCUACGUAAAGCAGCUGAAGAGACCCACUGAGUAUCAGGAGCGCUACAUUGGCCGAAUACCCGUUCCCCACAGAAGGUGGGACUAG